AUGCGGUUCGUGUCAAGGCUGCACGUAUGUGCUGCCCUUGCUAUUUUCACGAUUUUGUACAUCACUUGGAUGAACUCAGCCGGCUUUGAGGAAACUGUACAUACCGUAUGGCGUGAAAGUGCGCAUCGCAUCGUGGUGUUUGGCAAUGAUUGGUCCGACACUGGCAGUUACCGUGUCUCGUCGCCAGCGUUAUCUGCUAUCGCUGCUCGCGACGCGGAUCGAGGCGAUUUGUGGGUAGAGACAUUAUGCAAAGAGCUCGAAUGUGAUACUGUUGACAACUUCGCACAUUCAGUGCCAACGGCGGCUGAUGGGGCACAGACUGGUGCUUUGGUUGACGCUGCAGUCUAUGUGGAAGCCAUGGGCUCAGAAAGCAAUAGUAGCGCUGUCAUGUCGUUUGACUUCAAGGCACAAGUGGAGCAGUUUGUCGCAUACAACAAAGGAAGACAGCUCAUCCCGCAACGCCUACGUAAAGAGGAUGAGUGGACAUUCUUCGCAGUCUACUUUGGCCUCUGGGACCUUCUGGAGUACUCGACACUGGAGAAGAGUAUUGCAAUGUACGCAAUUGAUAAAAGCAUCACAUCAUUAUUUCACCAACUUGAUGUGUUGGCUGCAGACGCCCCUUUCCCACCCAAGGUCGUCAUCCCGAAGAUGAUUGACGUUAGUUUCCUACCUCGGUUCCAGAUGAAGAAGAAAGCUUUGCGCGAGGCCCAAUUCGCGGAGAAUCAGCACCGACUCAUCUUCUUGUGGUCUUAUUGGAAUCUGGUUUUGCAUCGGACUGCGAAGAAUUGGAAGAACGGUAUAGUGUACAUGCCAGAGGCGAACGAGGCGAUCAUGCAAGAGGUCCGGGCCAAGCAACUUCACUCGAAACAACUCUCGGAUGCGUUUGGUGUUGGCAAACAAACGCCUCUUUUUGAGCACAUUGAGCAACCAUGUCUAGCUUCGCAGCGGGGAAGUGCGGGCAGUCUGCAAGCAUCCGACGUUCAAAAAUGCUCCACGCCAGCUGAGCACCUAUUUUGGCGCUACGUCAAAUCCACAAUGCAAACGGAACAUAUUUGUCCACAGUCCCCUAUAGAUGCCGCGAAGCCCCCACAGAGUUUGCGCAAGAGUAGUCGGAUCCAAGAGACACGCUCCAAUUCAAUGCCUAAUCUUACCACCGAGCGCAACUACGAGGACGAUCCAUCACCGACUGGCACAUCGUCUCCUCGGUCUACAAGGAAAAGGCAUGCUUGCCUUGUGGAAGCAUCUGAGAGCGAGGAAUCUGGCAGUCCGACAGAUGAGAAGCCACCUCCGAGUGCCACAUCAACAACUGCUGGGUCUCCGGACUUCGUAGGCCACGUCUGUCUCUGUCAGCCAGAACCAAAGAUACCCCGGCCCAGGAAUGCAUUUAUCCUCUAUCGGCAGCACCACCAGCAGGCUAUCAUUGCACGCAACCCUGGUCUCAACAACCCUGACAUUUCCAAGAUCAUUGGUGAACAGUGGAAGACUGAACCUGAAGAGCGCAAGAAGAUCUGGCAAGACCUCGCACAGGAGGAGAAAGCUAGGCACCAGGAACAGUAUCCUGAUUACCGAUAUCAGCCGCGUCGAAUAGGCAAAUCCGGUUCAUCGCCUCUGAAUCCUUUUGGCCAGCAUACCACUGUUGACAAAUAUCGUUGUCAACGGUGUGGCGGUCGCAGUAUCAAGACGCCUACUAGUCCAUAUUUUGACCCUUCUGGUAUCCCUAUAUUACCCCCUCCUAAUAUCACUGAAGGCAUCACACCAACAACUCGCUACCUACCAGUGAUCGGCAACCUUAGCAUGGAGUCACCUGUUCACCCACGGGGUCACGGUCCUCCGAAUCUCAACCACCUCAAAUUGAGAGUCACUUCGGGGAUACGCGACGACUCAGCAGCCCCGAGCCCUUCUACACCGAACAAGAAACGAAGGUUUGAAUAUGGACACCCACACCCUGCCCUCGGCCUCAGAGCAGAUGGGCCCUACUUUCCCUCGACACAGUAUGCCAGGCGCGAAUCUUUACCUCCCAUUCAGAUACGGUAUUCGCCCCCGAACAGCGCGACCAUGCCGCCUCCCCGCACACCUCGUGAUGGAAGGCUCUCGAUAGUGGAGGUGGGACCGUCGUCUCACAGCUCCAGCCCUAAAAGCGUAGAAGAAGUUCUUAGCGCCUAUGCGUACGGAAACAAGAUCAAGCUUCUUGGCCGCAUAACCCCUCCGUACAAGGAGCUCAGGGAGGGAAUGCCAUCUGGUAAAGAAGGCCGUGGCGCCAUUAUCGCUAUCGAAGGUGACGAUCUGGCUGCGGUCAAGGAGCUUUCAGAAUGGCUCAACGAGCACCUUGCCAAACAAGGCGAGUUCAAGCCCCAAAUCAACGAGCCACCAAGAGUUCCUGGCAACGAUGGCAAGGAUGUUACUUUCGACGAUUAUCUCGACUUGAUCAAGGAGUGGCAUGGCAAGAGCAAAGAGAUGAUUGAGUAUAUCACCACUACUUCUUCCGCCGCUUCCCCUUGCCAAGAUAUCAUGUCGGACAAAGAUGCUUCUACCAACACCACCACCUCGCGCAACGACUCCGCAAUGCUAUGCGACUCACCCGCUGCGACCCUAAAGCCCGUCAUCAUCCUACCUACCUUCCAACUCCAUGCAUCUGUCGUAUACGCGUCCCGCAUCCCCAUUCAAGACGCGUAUAGCGCAAUGGAUCAUUGGCAGUGGAUGGCUACGCUCUGGCGGGGAACCGUGGGCUCGGAUCUCACCCUGUAUGUCAAGAGCUACGAUGCCAAGGAGGGUCAGAUCGGGCAAAAGCCUGAAAUGGACGAUCCUAGCAGGUGCUACACUGUGUUCAAGGAGAAGGAAGGGAAGUUUACCGAGCCCGAUUUGAGGAGGGUUGGGUUUGAGGUUGGGGAGUGCAUCAAGGCUAUCAGGUAA